UGUGUGUGUGUGCGUGCGUGUGUGUUUAGUUAAGUUUUGUUUUCCAUUCUUCGCAACAGACUUUGCUCCGUUGACCAAUCAAGUUUCGUUUCUGCCUGACAGCGCUGCGUCAUAUAAGUCAGCUGUGAGUCCUGCGGAGUCACUUCAGCAGCAUGUUUUCGUGGGGAGAGGACAGUCAAGAGGGCUUUCGGUUGAAAGACGGCCCCGAUGCAGCCGGUGUUCACAUCACGGAUCUGUCAGCAGGUCACAGUGUUCUCGCUUUUGUCAAGAGAAAUGGAACCGCGUUCAUCAUUCGCAUCAACGAGAACAACGAUGGAAGAAGAGUGAGAGGAAAACAGAAGUUUGUGAAAUCCAAGGAGAAGAUUCAGGCUGUGAGUUGUGGUGAUGAUACAGUCACACUGCUGACUAAAACAGGCAGAGUUCUCUGUGUGGACUCAGUUCACACUUCUCCCACUCCCAGGCCGCUGCAAGCGUUGUGUAACAUCCCAGUAUCUCAGGUUGCUUGUGGGAGCCAGCAUUCAGUCGCCCUGACCAAAGAUGGUCAGGUGUAUACAUGGGGCCAGGACUCCAGCGGCCAGCUGGGUCUGGGAAAGAGGGAGCUUGGUGCCAAUUCACCCCAACACCUCCGAUCUCUGUCAGCGAUCCCCCUGGUCCAGAUCGCUGCAGGGGGGGAGCAGAGCUUCGCCCUCUCUGUCUCUGGAGGUGUGUUCAGCUGGGGCAGAAACAACUGUGGACAGCUCGGACUGGGAGACACUACAGACAGACACACACCAACCCUUGUUCAUCACCUGAACAUGAAGAAAACUAUUCACAUUUCCUGUGGAAAGGAUCACACUGUCAUUUUAACAAAAGAUGGUGUAGUGUUUACAUUUGGCUCCGGUCAGUAUGGACAGCUUGGGCACAACUCAUUCAGUGGUGAGCUACGUCCUCGGCUUGUUGCAGAGCUCUGGGGGGCAAGGGUCAUCAAGAUUGCAUGUGGACGACAUCACACAUUAGUGAUGACAGACUCCAAGAGAGUCUACUCCUUUGGUUGUGGAGAGCAAGGGCAGCUGGGACAUGGAGAGGAGAGUCAUCCAUCUGUGCCGCUGCCUGUUCAACUGCCACAGGAUGCCACUGAGGUUCCUCAAAUUCUGAACAUCUACGCAGGAGGAAACUGUUCAUUUGCAACAUGCUCUUUUAAUGAGCAGGAAGUUCAUGAGGGGUCAAACAGUGACACUAUAAACAACGUAACACAGCACUGUCUUGAUGCUAUGAUUGACAAAUGGACCUCUGAACAUAAUUCAAAGUCAUGGAAGAAGAUAAAGCAGGAAAUCAAAAGGACGUUUUCCUCUGCAUCCUGUUUGAAUCAAAGCUUCCUUGACCGAAGCAAUGAUAAGCAUUUCCAGACCUCACAAAAGCACUCCGGCUUGAACUUGUCAGUUGCGCAACUUGCUUUCCAGCAACUGGUAGAGCAGGAUGAUGUUUGGGCUCGGGUAGAGGCUGCUAUCACACAGUUGAUUCCUUCCCUUGAUGAGAACCCAGUGGGAGUGGAGGGGCUGAGGAUCUAUCUGCUUCUCAUUGAGCUUCUGCAUGUGAUCCAAAAACACAACCAGCAACACAGCACAAACCUCGCUGAGGCACUUGCUGCUGCCAUAGUACGACUGUCUGCUGACAACCGCCAGGUCAUAGUGGACUGGUGGUGCUCACAGUCACCCUCCACCGUGAUUAAAUAUGUCGAAGUGUGGAGGCAGACCCUCUCAGUGAUCCUGUCCUUUGAUCCUGCUCCUUCCAACUCUGGAGUCAAAAACCUGCUACUGGUCCUCCAAUACAUGUACAAUGCCAACAACAGGACUGCAGGUUGUCAGAGGAUCCCAGAUAAAACUUUUUGUUUGGAGAUUAACGAAGCAUUUCUUCAAGAGGAUGUGAAGCUUUGGCGUUCAGUGUCAAAAAACAAGGAUGUGAAUCAGCCACUGAUCCUUUGUAACUUCCCAUUCGUGAUGGAUCUGAAAUCAAAGAUAAUAGCUUUCGACAUCGAUGCCGAUUGGACUCAGAUGGAACACCAGCAGGUGGUUUGGACGAUCUUGGGAUUGGUUGCUCAGGCAAAUCCUCCCUACUUUGAACUGAAGCUGAAGCGUGCGUCACUUUUGGAAGGCACUUUCAAACAACUGGCUGCUGCUCAUCCCAGUGCCCUCAAGAAGCCACUCGUGGUCUAUUUUGAUGAGGACCCAAACGUCACAGAUGUCUACAAAAGAGACUUGUUUCAUCACUUGUUUUAUAACUUGGUGUCAAGUAAAUCUGGGAUGUUCAUGUUCAAUGACUCCAAAACACUGGCAUGGUUCCCCUCCAAAGCAACAGAGGAGGACAAGACAAACUUCUUCCUGUUUGGGGUUCUGUGUGGAUUGGCCUUGUACAACAAAAGUAUCAUACACUUACCCUUCCCACUGGCUCUGUUUAAGAAGCUGCUCGAUGUAGAGCCUUCACUGGAGGAUAUGUUAGAGUUCAGCCCAAUAGUUGGAAAGAGUCUGCAGCACGUCUUAGACUAUGAAGACGAUGUCCUAGAAGACCUUUACAUGGAUUUUUUGAUUGUCUGGGAUGGGGCACAGGUUGACCUUGAUCCCCAAAAUCCUAAAAAGCCAGUGACAAGUCACAAUAAGAAGGAGUUUGUGGAUGCCUUCGUGAAUCAUGCCUUCAACACGUCAGUGGAGGGUGUGUUCCAGGAGUUCAGGCGAGGCUUCUUCCAGGUGUGUGACCGACAUAUGGUGAAGCUGUUCAAGCCAAAUGAGUUGCAGGGCAUGCUGGUGGGCCAAGACGUCUAUGACUGGGCAAAGCUGAAACAGAACACAGUUUAUGAGUGGGAUUAUCAUGGCGGCCACCCCAACAUACUGAUGUUUUGGGAGGUUUUUGAUGAACUGACUGAAGACCAGAGGAAAGAUUUCCUUUGGUUCCUGACUGGUUUUAGGAGGGCUCCUUUUCUUGGAAUGGACCAGAUACGGAUGAGAAUUCGAGUUAAGCAAGUCCAGGGCAGCUCCAGCGAUCAGCUCUUCCCUCAGUCACUCACAUGUCACUCUAUUCUGGAUCUGCCCUUAUACUCAACCAAGGAGAUCAUGCGAGACAAGCUGACAGAGGCCGUGGUAACAAAGAGAGGAUUCUCAGAGUGAUGGCACAGAUCAUCAGCUGCUGGACAGGAGCGUGUACUAUAUCUGUGCUGGGGUGGGCUUGAAUUUAAUCAUCUUUCCUGCACUAACUCAGCUUAAAAAAAGCUCACUGUACUGAAUGCAUAUGACUUAUAUUUUACAAGUGCACCUUUAAAAGGGUGACCAAAGAACAUUUGGAGUCAUUCCCCCUUAAACUGAAAGCACUUUUGUAUGUGAUUUUUUUGUUGUUGUUUUGAAAAUAUAAUUUGCUAUAAUUUAACUGAAGUUAUUUAUGCAUAUAUCAUGAGUUUUACAUAUUCUCAGGGACAAGGUUCAUUUUUGUGAUUAUUCAUUGGUCAAGUUGCAUUAAACAGAAAUAGUAUAUAUAGUAUAUAUAUAAUAGUAUAUUUUCCAGCUUAUUAGGAACACUUUACUUAUUCUAAUGCAAUGGUAAUUUUUAAGUUUACAGUUUAUUUUUGUGGUUGUGUUGAAUUGUAUUAUAUGGGUCUAUGAAAAGGGGUAAAUGGAGUUGGACAAAACGCUGCAUUAUUAUGGUUACUGUAUGUCUUAAUCAGGUGCCUUCUUGAGGAAUGUUCUAACUUUGUUUAAGUUAUAUUGCACCCCAUUCCUCCUGGGUGCCAUUGUUUUACCAUGAUUGUAUUGCAUAUUUUGUUUGUAUUUAAUGUAACAAUGUUCUUGAGACAAAAGGCUUAGUUUAAAAUUAGAUUUGUAACAUGUAAAAUAUGUCAUUUGAAAUUGUUGCAGCAAUACGAUAAUGAUAAUAAGAUAAUGACUUCUGUUGUGAUUUGGUGUUAUAUAAAUAAAAUUGACUAUUUUCUGACAAUAGAAAAUACUUUUUCCAUCUGUCAUUUGCUAGUUUCAUUUUACUAAAGCCCACUGAGCUUUGUCUGCUUGAUGUUGCUAUUGUCAAUAUCAUGCUAUUGUAAUAUAAUGUAUGCAGUGUGAAAGCAUGUCUGGUUGGUAAAAUGAACGUAGACAGAUUUACUUCACACUACAUGUCUGUACACUACUGUAUAUAAUAGAAGAAACUACAUUAAAUAAAAUGUUAAG